AGAGGCCGUAACAUAUCACAGCACACCAGCUCUUGCCGGCUUCUCUGACGGUGGAUGUUCUUACUGAAUUGCUAUUCUAAAAAUACCAAGUCUUUCAUAUAACAGUGAUAGUCAUUUGCGGCAUCUCGUUUCAAGGAGAUAUCGCAAAUAGGCGUCGAAAUCAUCGCGUGGAUAUGACAUAGAGCUAUAUUAUUGCUCCAAGAUUUAUUAUAACCAAGAAGUAUGGAGCAAACCCCGAAUAACAACGUCAGUCGGCCAUCGGUAGAGAAUCGUUCUCCGGGUAUUCAGAACGGCAGUGAGUCAACUGUACCAAAUCCAUCGUUUGUUCGGCCGCCUCUUACCAGAAACGACUCUCGUUCUGCAUUUCCAUCGCCAGCGCCUCGUCCGGCUGCACCUCAGUUGCAACAGAGACCCCAAUUUCAACCAGGAGGUCCAGUGACAAACUCUCCACAAUUGGGUCCUCGUCCUGGAGCCCCUGUACCUAGAGGAGCUAUUACUGGUGCACCUGGAUCGCAGCCAAUUCGUCCCCAGGCACCUUAUUUGCGGCCAGCAGGCCCUCAAUCCAUAAAUCCACAACAAGGACCGAGGCCACAACAAAGCCCCACGCAAAUCUCACAGAGACCGCCUGUACCUAACAAUUUGCAAUUCGGUCCUCGCCAAACUCCUCAAUUUGGAAGUGCAUCUACACCUGAAGGUGCAAGGCAGAGUUUAAAUUCUCAAUUAAACGGCUCACCAAAACAAAAUCCAGCACAGAAUACAGGUCAACUUUCAAGACAAUCAUCACAGGGCUCUUUAAAUAAUACUGAUUCUCCUCAGUCGUAUCAAAGCAAACCAGUCAACCUGGAUAAUCAAAAUAAUUCCAAUGAAAAUCAAAAUGUUAAUAAGGCCGAAGGUAACAAUGAAAUGCCUGGGGCAGGAAAAGCGCGAAGUUUCAGCAUUGCGGCAGCACCUGGUGCACCGAGCCCACUCAAAAUGGAAGACGAUAGACGCAAAUCAGUUAGUGCCGUCAGCGGAAGAAUUGAUGAAAUAGGUGCAAGGAAUCUCGGUCUUGGGCAGAUUCAAGAAAUACGAGGAAGUAAGGACGUUUUAGGCUCAAGAGAAAGUGUCAGAUCAGAAGCAUCCAAUGAAGGUACAAAAGAUAUAACUGAUAGACCAGAAUCGCGUUUGGCAGGAUCAAAAAUGACGGAGUCUUUUAUGGGAUCACUUUCUAAUUUGACAAACAAAAAGAAAACAGAUGAUGAUGACGAUGUUGUUUCACAAAACAACUUAAGUGUGGGCAAAAACGAUUCCAUGCAAAAUAAGACAGAGCUAUCAGAUCGUUCACCUUCUCUGACACGUAGUGAUGAUUCUCCGGAGCCCAAAAAUAUUUCUCAAAAUUCUGUUCUAUCUAACAAAUCCCAAAGUGUAACCCCUGAACCACAAAGACCAAAGACACCAAAAAUUGAAAUAAAGCAAGACACAAAUUUGGAAUCUAAAAAGAGUCCUUCAACACCGAAUAGGCCACUUUCUAAAUCUCCGUUACUGGAAUCAAAAUCCCCCAUACCCGAUUCAAAACCACCAACCCAAUUAAUGAAAAAGACUUCAGAGCUUCAUACAGCGGGACAAACACCAGUAGAUUCAAAAAGGUCUACUCCUCGGAAGGUUGUUUCUGCACCCAAAUCAAGACCGAAAGAUGGUGACAAUGACAGCGGAGUCGACGAAUCUACUCAAGGAAAUGACCAUAAUGGAUCUCCUGGAUCACCUAACAAAACCUUACCUAGUAAAUUACCUACUAAAGAAAAAUCAAGCAGCAGCCUUAAACCAAGUCUUUCAAGAUCUUCAAGCAAAAGUGCUACUGCAAAAACACCCGAAAAUCCUCCACCAUCGGAAAAGAAAAAAGUUCCAAUGAAUAAGGUUCAAGUUGGCAAUGCACCUUCCCCUAACAUCAAGACAGUGAAAUCGAAGAUCGGAUCUUUGGAAAAUACAACUUACAAACCAGGGGGUGGAAAAGUUAAAAUUGAAAACCGAAAACUCGAUUUUAACAAGGUAACUCCAAAGAUUGCUGCCAAAAAUGAUGCUUACACUCCGAGUGGUGGAGCUAAGAAGAUUACGACGACAAAAUUGGAAUGGAAUGCCAAAUCCAAAAUAGGAUCUCUUCAGAACACAUCAUACAAACCAGGUGGUGGCGAUAAGAAGAUAGAGACGGUAAAGUUGGAUUUCAAGGAAAAAGCCAAACCCAAGGUGGCUUCUACAGUUAAUAUUACACACAAACCAGGCGGUGGUACUGUUAAGAUUGAAAACCAAAAGUUGGAAUUCAAAGCACAAAGCAAAGUGGGCUCCCUCGACAACGUCAAACACAAACCAGGAGGUGGGGACAUCAAAAUAUUCGAUGAUAAAGAUUACAUAAAGCAGAUCGGUGGGCACUCCCCUCUCCCCAACAGCCACGGCCAGUCCCGGCAGGAGCCAGAGUACAUAUACACAUUUUAUUGACUAAGGAGUCCAGUACCGCCAUCACAGCAGCCUCCGAAAGCGGACGAGAAUCUUAAUGAGCAACAGAGUUAAAGCACAGAGCGAAAACUUUCGACAUUUCGAUACUAAUUUUUAACUAAAAGAGUCCAAACAUUUUAUACAUUUUUUUAUCUUCUUUAUUACUAAUUUUAACUUUAAAAUUAUUUGUAUCGUCUAAUUCAUAAAUAAUAGAGACUAAGCCAUUUUAUUUCGACUCAGCAUAUCUUACAGACAAUAUAGAUAAUUAUUGGGUAUUUAAUUAUAAUCCACCCUUGUAGGGAUUCUGGUUUUCUCACUGUUUGACCUUUUCAUUUAUAGACUGUAAGAAACUUCAUUUUAAAAUAUAAUUUUGCAAAGACGACUAAAGGUGCCAAUGUAGAUUCGAUUUUUUUAUUGUAUCAUAUUAACAUUCAAUUGUUUUUCACAACAUUUCAUAGUUUCAAAUGCGUAGGUACUUAGUACGUACCUAUUUUUGUUAAUUUACCACUACACUAUGUAAUUCUCACUUCAUGUUGUAUUAGCACAGUAAUUUUAUAUGUUUUGUAAGUACCACAAAUUAGAAACACUGGUAUAGCUACACUCUGAAAUACAAUAGUCCUGGAUUUGGGAAAUGAUAACAUGAUUAUCAUCUUUUGUCUACGUAAUAUUGUAUCGUCCUUUAAUACCUAUACGUAAUAAUAUAGUUUUUACAGAAACAUGAUUAAUGUAAUAUUAAUUGAUUAUCGGUAUAUAUGUUAAUAAUGCACCUCUUCAUAAGCUUAUUGUCACUCAUGUUAUUAAGUAUCACAGCAAUCAGUGUAUCAUCCAAAUAUUAUUUAUUAAUUAGGUACGAGUAUAUUAGAUGUUACAAAUGGAACUCGAUCAAAUUGUUGCUAUUAGUUAUUUUAAUUUAUUAGUAAUAAUUAUUGAUAGCUUUGGAACGGGAAGGUGAACGUGGUAAGACGAACGACAAUUUUCUGGACAUACGCUAUUUCAAGGUCAAAUUGAAGCUGAAAAUUUUUGAGACAAAUUAAUGAACUAUGUCCAGGAAAUUGCGUUUGGCAGUUUGACUGAUGAAAGUUAGAAUAAUAUGUUUUUUAUAUGUAUUAAUGAUUAUAUGAAGUAAUUAGUUUAGGUAGAUGUAUCUAUCGAUUUAAUGUUGAUGCUUUGAAGUCACAGCUUUGUUUGCAAUGUCACUAUUGUUACAUGUUAGUCGGCUGCAUUUCAAGAAAAUAAUUAAGUAUACAAUUAAAUUAAACGGUAUUUCUAUUGUAUUGGAUUUAUAAGUAGUAUUGAUGCGAUUUUCUAACAAAUUGAUACUAUUAUCAUCCCACAAGAACACAAAAGUAUUUACAGUAGUAUUAAUUAAGGAAACAUUUUGGAUUACAAGAUAUUCAUCCGUUUUAAUAUGUAUACCUACAUACAUGUACUGUAUUUGUAACUGUCUAAUUUAAUACAGAUUAACGUAUUAAUGUA